GCAUAAUGGAAAUCGAGAGAGGCUAUAAGAAAAGACUCAAAUCUACUGGAUUUAUCUUCACAGCUAAGAAUUGCCAGUUAAGUCAGCUGCACUUUCAAAAGGCUUCACAAGAGAAUUACAUCACUUCAGAGGUGUUAAGGAACAAGACUAAGAAAUAAUUUCAGUAUCUCUGGAAGUCUUUUUACAGGAAACUCUCAGCAGCUACUCCACAGUCAAGAUCUUUCCAAGACUAGUCUGAGGAAACAAAGUUACCAGUUUCUGAACCCUACUUUUUCAAAAUAACAGCAUGAAGCCUUAUAGAUCAAGGAAGAUUAAUUACGCUCAUAGUUAUGGGCUAAAGGACUAUCAGGAUGGCAAACCUCUCCAUUCUAGCAAGAAUAUGAGGAUACAUAAUCUGAAAUAUCGGAUGGAUAGCCGAAAGAUUCGUGGCUCUAAAGAGAAUUACAUCAAAAGUCUCAAGCAGCAGAUGCCAGAUUUCAGCACCCAACCUCCCUCGAAGAUAAGAAUCUCAAAGAAGGACUGAAGAAACUUGAGAAAUUCUGUAAAGAGGAAUGCUUCCAUCAGAAGUGAAAAAUCCAGGAGGCUUUUAAGAAACCGUCAAAUGUACUCCCAGAAUAAAGAGAAACCAAAAAUUAUCCUGCUCCCUACUAGUUCCAGAAUGUUUAAAACUGAGUACAAGAGGGAGAAUGGAGAAGUCUUUGGAAUCUCACAAAAAGGAUUUAUCGCUAUUAGACCUAAUAAGCCUAACCAAGACAGGUACUUCACUCAUAAGUUCGAAGAGACUGGCUCGGUCCUGAUGGGUGUCUUUGAUGGUCAUGGGAAAUAUGGCCAUGAAGUCUCGCAAUUUGCUAAUGACUUCUUCCAAGAAUUUCUGAAAAAGGAAAAAGGGAUCAACAAAUCAGUGCUAAGGGAUGCCUUUCAACAAUGCGAAACAGCUUUGGAGUCUAACAUUUGUAAGAACUGAUCCUGACAAAAUACGACAACAAGUGAUGGAGAAGAGAGUCUUGAGAGACCAGCACAGGGCUGAAAGUUGGCUCGGAGUGGGACCACAGCCUUAGUCCUAUACAUCACUAAGGAUAGGGUUCUUUCAGCAAAUGUAGGAGAUUCUCAAGGAGCCAUAUUCACCGAUAUGCACAGUCAGAGAUUCCAGAAGAUAAUUCCUUGAAAUGGAGUGCAUAACCUGAAAAGUUUCACCGAGAAGGAUAGAAUUAUAGAAUCUGGAGGCAGAAUAGAUAGGUUUCGCAACCUUGAUCGCCAGAUAGGCCCUGAGAGGGUCUUCCUCCCAGAGAAGAACUUUCCAGGAUUGAAUAUGACCCGCUCUCUUGGAGAUAAAAUUGCGAAAACAAUUGGAGUUAGUCCUAACCCAGAAAUAAGAGAGAUUUUAUGUGAAGCUAGUGCUGUUGUAAUUGGCUCUGAUGGCCUCUGGGAGCACCUGCAUCCUUCUUAUGCUCAGAAAAUCCUUCAAUCAAAAGAAGGAAAUCUCGAAGAAUGUUGAAAAUCUUUGGUCAAAUGAGCAACGAAUUGUUGGAAAAUUAAGGACAAAAUGAUAGAUGAUAUCACAAUUGCUGCUUACAAAAAGAGCUAACCUUUUUUAAACACGCUAUUGUUUCUAUUUCCUGGUUCUCU